AUGCAUUUCAGGUUCCCAAAUAAUAAUUAUUAAAAUGACUGCGCGCGCUGUUUAUUAAAUUUUGGGAACUGGCGCAUAUUUUUUGAUCCGGCGCAUAUCUAUGUCUCCAUAGUAAAUUUAAAAUUGUUUUAUUUCUAUUAACCCAUAAAUAACGAAAAGAAUUUCAGUUUAUUGGCAUAUUACAAUAACAAUAAGCAACAAUAUGAAACUAUAUAGUGUGCUAAUAUAUAUGUGCUUGCUAGCAGUUGGUAUUAAAGCUGAGCUUGAACCUUCUGAAAAAACCCAUCCAACAAUAGAGACAACAACUUUAGUCCAAGCUCCAACCGAAAGUACGAAAGCAGCAUCAGCAAUAUAUACGCCAUUAGCAACAACAUUUACCACUAAUGUUAUUAGUGCAAGCACGCAUUCCCCGGAUAUCCAUAGCAGUACUACAGUCAAUGAUACCAAUGCCAAAUCAACGCCCUCGAAUUGCUCACAAAGAGAGAAAUCAAGAGCUCAGCCCACAACAGAUUCAAAUUCUCGUUUGCGCAAGUGCUGUCCGCUAGGAGAGAACUUGAACUAUUUUCGCGAAAAUCAAAGUGAAUCCAUGUGCGAUACCGAAGUGUUGAGCUUCAACCCCACCAUCAUCAAUGCAGUGCUAUAUGACAAUUGUAUCGAAGACUUGGAAAUACCUACUUCGCUACCUUACGAGAUUGGAAAUCCAUGCAAUAGUGUUCACUUUUUCAGCUCGUUUCAAUACGACAAUGAGGAAGAGGAUUUUUUUAUAUUGCAAGAUGGCUCGCUCUUGAUCAUUGAUAAAAAUGGUAAUGAGUCCUACACGGUGCAGCAAAAUUAUUGCUUAGAUCAAGAUAAAUCCGGUCGUGUGCUGGUCUUUGUUUGCAUUACCCAGGUCGAAGAGAUCUCCAAAGCCAAAAUCAUAACAGUGGCGAUGCUUAUGCUAGUCAGCAUACCUUGUCUGCUUUUGGUUACUUAUCUUCAUCUAACAUUGAAACUAUUGCGCAAUAUUCACGGUUGGUCCGUGGCGCUUAUGUCCCUCUGCUUGGCCUGCGGCUAUUUUGUGUUCUCCGUGGUGCACAUCUACGGCAUAUCUCCGGGCGGUUUUAUCGGCUAUGUCAUACAGUUCUUCAUAUUGAGUUUCUAUUUCUGGUUUUUCUGCAUUUGCUGCAAUGUGCUUUUGAACAUUUGGUACAAGCUUCCGAAUUACGUGCAGUUGAACAAAAUUUGGAUUGGCAUCAACUUUGGCACAUAUUGUGUGUUUUCUGUCAUCGGACCCGCUAUAUUCGUCUCAUUGACUGUUCAAAAAGGACUACAGGGCAUGCCAUCGUAUUUCAUGCAGGGCCUUACGGAGUCCAUUCGAGAAUCGCAACGGUACUUUAUUCCACCAGUUUCCACGCUGCUUGGCCUCAGCUUUCUGGUAAUGGUUGCAGUCUUUUUUGGCUUUCAACGCAUUAAAACUGAAGGCUACUUGCGUGCUAAUGAUGAGGAUGACCAACAAGAGUCUACGGUGGUACCACGGCAGUUUGAAAGGGAAAAAUACGAGGAUGUCAAAAAGGAUGCUAAGUGCGUGGCCUUACUGGGCAUAAUCAUAAUUUUAGCCUGGUUGUUUGAAAUUAUUACAUUUUACUCACCUGGCCAGGAAGCGUAUCUUUUGCUCUGUGAUAUGAUAAAUGCACUUCAGGGACUGUGGAUAAUGCUUAUAUUUCUUGUGGUGCGCAGGCGGCGUACUAUAAUCCUACGUUGGUGGUAUGAUCGCGGUUCGCAUUCUAUAGCCGAUGAUACCGAAUUGCAAAUUGUGAAUAAUAAUAAAACGGUGAAUCCUACGUAGAUAUUAUAAUUCUUGGCAUUAUACAUUG